AUGGCCCGGAAGGAUCUAUCAGCUGUCACUGCCCCGGGCAGCGCCGCAAGCCUGUUGGAUAAGGUGCAUAUGAUGGAGACCAUUAUCCAGCUCUUGGUAUUCGAGCUGUUUGUCGGCGGUGCGUCUUCCGCGGCAUUGCAGCCGCAUCUCACCCCGGCUCUUGCGCUCUUUGAGAAAUUGAUAUCAAGCCGCCUUUCGCUUCGUCACAUCUAUUCUCCUAAUCCUUGGCAUCCUUUCUGUCGUGGCACUACAAAGAAGCACCACGACUACGCGCCUACCACGACCGCUUCCUACCAAGACCGAGUCGGAGAACUAAACGGGCCUCUCGGUCUAUCAUCCGUCAUUGGUGGUAGAAAUUGCGUGUUGCGCGCCAUGAGACGCAUUGCCGCCCUCUCCGAGUUGGGCGAAAUCGCAAACCGAGCUGCCGAGGCCGAGGACGACGAAGCACACCGUCCUCUACGUGAAUUCGCCAGCAGCACGUUCCAGAGCCUCUUGCCAACCCGCAUCUGGACCUGGGCCACUAGCAUCUACCUCUCCGGGACUGUCAACGGGUGGUCUCCCGGCGAGUCGGGGGUGUGCAGCUGA